UUGUACAGAUUCCAGGAAAAUCUGUCUAACACGGUCAGCAUAUCUAAGUGUUCAGUUUUACCCUUGACGUGACACUGUCUUGACCUUGACCAAGGUCAGGGUGAAGUUGAAGUUUACGUAAUUUGCUACAGUAAUCAGUUACAUUAGAAGAGCCAUGGCGAAACUUUCUCUCCUUGUCCUGACUUCGGCUUCGUUAAUGAUAAAGCAAUAUGCCGAGCAGUACCGGAAAGGCGACUUGGAUAUGACUCUGACAGAGCUGGAACCAGAUUUGAGUCUCCCAAGGAUAAAAACGUACGACUUCAUCAUCGUUGGCGCUGGUACAUCGGGAUGUCUUCUGGCUGGCCGACUGUCCCAAUAUUUUCGGGUUUUGUUGCUAGAAACGGGCGGAAAUCCACCUCCCACCGUAAACACUUUCCUCUGGUCAAAUCAAUUUAGCACCGACACUCUCAUCAAUUAUCAUUUCCAGUCCAAACAGAAACACUAUUCACUGAAAACUGGCGGGAUGUUAAAUAUCUCGCAAGGAAAAAUGAUGGGCGGGUCGGGAUCCCAUAAUAAGAACUAUUACAAUCGCGGCUCACCGUAUGACUAUGAUCAAUUUGCAAGCAUUACGCAAGACCCGAGUUGGAGCUAUCUAAAUGUUAUUCAGCAUUUUAAACGAUUUGAAAGCUUUAAUGGAAUUUUACUCAAUGAAAAUCAAAGAGGUUAUGGAUACGACAUUUUCUCGAUUGGACCCAUAUCGGUUACUACGUCGAGCGGACCAACGCUUGAAAUGUGGUUGGCGGCCGGAAGGGAAUUAGGAUUCCAGGCGGCAGAUCCAAACGCGUUCCAAAUAGAAGCCUUCUCCCCAAUGGCGUUAUCGACUAAAAAUUCUGCAAGAUCCAGUUCUUACACCGGCUUUAUUCAAGGUGUGGAAAAGACCAGACGAAAUUUGAGAGUGCUGCGAUAUUCUCAAGUUCAAAAGGUUUUAAUUAACGGAAACAAAAUCGCAUACGGGGUGACAUAUUUGCGACACGGGAUUCCACAAAUUGAUCACGCUUCAAGAGAAGUCAUCAUCUCUGCGGGAGCCAUACUUUCGCCAGUAAUGCUAAUGCAAUCUGGCAUCGGCCCUGCAAAAUUGCUUAACUCAGCCAACAUUCCAAUAGUCCAAGAUCUUCCCGGCGUGGGACAAAACCUUCUGGAUCAUGCCGACGUACUUUUAAAAUUUGAGAUUCAAAACCCAUCCGCGGCCCAAGCCCUGUAUCCAAUUUUGUCCGAGACUGCCUUGCAAGAUGAGCUUGUCAAGUUCCAGGCACCCCUGAAAACUGGGGCAUUUAGUGGGGAAAAUGUUCACCAAGCGUUUAUCGUGUCGUCCCGAGCAAAACGAGAGAAUGAAGGGAACUGGCCGGAUUAUCAUUUGUAUUUCCAACUGGACCUUCCAACUGGACUUGAAACUAAUACAACAAACAUCAAUAUGCGUGUAGAAUUUGGUAGACCAAAAUCAAGAGGGUGCAUCAUUCUGAAUACGGAAGCAUAUGCUGCUGGGGAACUGGACGAUGAGAAAUUGGUCACCUUUGACUUAGGCACGUUUACAGAUCCGACCGAUAUCGAUGUUCUUCUUGAGGGAAUUCGCCUGAUUUUCAGUAUUAGCAAAACUACCGCAUUUCAAGCAUUGGAUCUGAGGUAUAAACCGGAAGUUGUGGAACCAUGUAAAUUCUACCCUUUUGACUCGGACGACUACUGGAAAUGCUACAUCGUGCAGACAGCAGACACAGCGUGGCAUUUGUCCGGUACUUGUAUAAUGGGAAAAAAGAUGAUCCACUCGCCGUGGUCGACCCAGAAUUGAAGGUGCUUGGCGUGUCACGAUUGCGCGUCGUGGAUGCCAGCGUUCUUCCCACUUCGACGAACGCAAAUACAAACGCUCCCACGCUACUUGUCGCUGAGAAAGCGGCGUGUCAAAUCCUUCGGGAUUACCUGGAUCCAAAUAGUGACCCAAAUUUGUGUCCGUUAGAUAAUCCUGCGUAUUUUACCCCUUUUAAUAAUUAAUUUGUGUAGUUGCUAAUAAGUAUUUUAAUAGACAACUAAUAAUAGAAACCAACUAAUAGAAACCGACGGACAUACGCAUUUGUGUAAAAAAACUGAAAUUUCAAGCAUUGUGACCGCUUACCACCGUUAUUUAUUAAACAUUCCUUAACAGGUCAGAAAACAGGGUAAACAGUCCAGUUGGAUCAAACCACAAAUAUUCUAUAAUUACUUAUUGCGAAAAUAAUGGAUAGAAAUUCCCUAAUAUUCGCUAAAAUCUAUAAUAUA